AUGACGAAACGUCACCGCUUAUCAGCGAUGCUCGCGUCAUCGUACUCAGAUGUGAUGCCUGUGUUCAACAGUCUCGCCCGCCUGAUGCGCCACGACCGUAUAGCCUAUAUCCGCCGAGAUCAUCCCAUCCGACACUCUGAAGCUGCGGUCAAGGACCCCCAUGCGGAUAUCUCAUCUCGCAAAGUCGUUUACGAAGGUGACUGA